GCAAGUUCCUCUUCACCAACGAGGAGCGGAACCAGUCCCCGACGGCCAUCGUAGGCGUCUUGGAGCGCGCCGGCAAGGACAGCGACGCCGGCCGGGGCGUGCGCGCGUUGGUGGAGCACACCGAGAGGCUGUACGGCUUCCGCGUCACUGCGAUCCAGCUGAACUUCCACGUGAACCAGACGUCGUCCCACAAGCAGCACCGCGACAUUUACGGCGCGGGGCAGAAGGGCGGCAUCAACUGCACCUGCUCCUUCGCGAAGUGCACGGGCACCGUGUGCUACUCGCUGGGGUCCAGCCGGCAGGUGCUGACGCAGACCAUUGCGGACAAGCGCUCCAGAUACGAGGCAUGCGGCGAGGACUGUGCGGGCUGCAAGACGUACAGGUGGAUGCACAGCGGAAGCGCCAUGUACUUCAACGAUAGGUUCAACAACAACCACACACACGGUGUGCCGACCAUGACCGAGGCCUGCGGCCCACGGGUCUCCAUCGCGCUCCUGUGUGCCUGACUUGCGCCGAGGAGGCCGGGUGUAACGCUGCCUGAGACCCGGCACGGCUCUGAGCUGACGUGCCUUUAGUG